AUGAACGAGGGUGAUUACAAGGAAUUUUUGGAUUUGGUGUAUGCUAAUGACAAGAGAAUGAAUGUGUAUGUGGAUCACCAUAAUGAACCUAUCUUCGACUGGAUUGAGGCUGAGGAAAGUGAAAGUGAAAAUGAAGACCUAGAUGAAGAUGAGGAUUCAGUUAUUCAAGAUUCAUAUUCUGUUGAUCAUGAAGAAGAUGAUGCUAACUAUCCAUUUCCAGCAAACAAAACUGGACAUGAUAGAUUUUUAAACAUCCUUUGUGAACCUACAGAGAUUGAAGAUCAAGAUGAUGAAUACGUGCCACCCCAGUACCCUGUGUAUGAUGAGAGACAGUCAUGGGAUCCGAUGAAACCAAUGAUAGAAUUGACAUUUUAUUUUUUGUUUGCAAUACCAAGUUCAUCCAGGGGCAGUGGAGCAGACCCAAGUUUAUCCAGGGGCAAUGAAGGACCACCACCUGCAGCCCAACCACCUCCACCAACACCACCUGCAGCCCAACCACCUCUUCCACCACCACCUGCAGCCCAACAACCUCCUCCACCACCACCUGCAGCCCAACCACCUCCUCCACCACCACCUGCAGCCCAACAACCUCCUCCACCACCACCUGCAGUCCAACCUCCUCCACCACCACCACCUGCAGCCCAACCACCUCCUCCACCACCACCACAUGCAGUCCCUGUGCCAAGAAGAAGGGCCCCAGUUGGUAGAAGUGGAAGGAGGCAAUAUUCUGAACGGAUCAUCAAACAAGCAUUAAGGAGGAAAAUACCUGGGGUUGGGAGCAAUCCAGAUAACCCUUCAAUUAUUGAUUAA